GGUACAAAGGAGUAGUCGAGCCUGAGUGGUGUGAUGAGUGGUGAGCAAAAGACCCCGAGGCUGUAUGAAGAGGAGUGAGAGAGAUACUGGUUGAGCAACUAGGUUAGUAAAACAAAGAAGGGAAAGGAAAGAGAAACUGAGGGCAGACAGAAGACAAAAACACAUUGAAUUGUCACGCUGAGAGCUCUGCUUGGAAAGAACCAUGGUCAUUUGUGGUCAUGACCAUGUGGGAGAUGGAAAGCUUAUGACGACUUCACUGAUUCGGAGCUGAGAAGAACAAAACCACAAGGCUGGGUUUUGACAAAGAACAAGAAUCCUGCCAUGAGGUCACUUCUCUAAUGGACCUGAAUGUGGAUUUCCCAUUUCUCUCUUUGUGGAUUGAGCAGCUCGUGAUUAUUUGGGACCUUGAGAGCAAAAAGGUGGCACAUUCAUGUGACUGAUUUAUCUGAGUAAGUAAAGCUAACCCUCUAACUUGUGGGGUGCUGUCUGGCCGAGAGACAGGGCAGGGGGAGGGGAAGACACUCCAGCCUGGAUCUCUGUCCUCUGGGAGGGGUCUUUUCAACUGAGGUAACCCCCGAAAUAACAUCCAGAAAAGGGAGGGAAACAUGCAGCAAUAUGCACCGCCGUGUUGAACAAAAAAAAAAAAAGUUGCUCUAAUGGAUUGAGUAUCUCUCAGUACUGAACUGUUCUCUUCUUCAUAAUUCAUUCAUGGUCAGUUGAUCGUGCUGGAAAUACCUUUCCCUGAAGAGCUAUUGCAUAACAAACACUUCCCAUCCCUGCAAACUUAAAACUGAUAAUGAUAAUGUACAACAACUCUUCAAUAUCCAACUCAUGCAUCAAGAAUGAUGGGUUCAAAUAUCCACUAUACAGUACGGUCUUCAGCAUUGUAUUUGUUGUUGGACUCAUCACCAACGUUGUGGCCAUCUAUAUAUUCUCCUGCUCUCUGAAAAUGAGGAAUGAGACCACAACCUACAUGAUAAACUUGGUAUUGUCUGACCUUCUGUUUGUCUUCACCCUGCCGCUACGGGUCUUCUAUUUCAUCAACCAGAACUGGCCUUUUGGAGGGAUUCUCUGUAAAUUGUCUGUGUCACUUUUCUACACCAACAUGUAUGGCAGUAUACUCUUCCUCACCUGCAUUAGCGUGGACAGGUUUUUGGCCAUUGUGCACCCUUUUCGCUCAAGGACUCUCAGGACCAAGCGCAAUGCUAAAAUAGUAUGUGUUGGUGUAUGGGUGCUGGUGCUUUCAGGCAGUAUCCCCACAGGAUUCUUGUUGGAUACCACCUCAAAUGAAAAAGGAAAUGCCACUUACUGCUUUGAGAAUUUCUCAUCCAAGCAGUGGAAAUCAUCCCUCUCUAAAGUGGUGAUUUUCAUAGAGACAGUAGGCUUCCUCAUCCCCUUGCUACUCAACGUAUUUUGCUCCAUCAUGGUGUUACAGACUCUGCGCCGUCCCCAAACUAUCAGCCGUGGUGGGAACAUGAACAAGAAAAAGAUCCUGCGUAUGAUAAUCGUGCACCUUACUAUUUUCUGUUUUUGUUUCAUCCCCUACAAUGUAAACCUGGUUUUCUAUGCUCUAGUCCGUACUAAAAUUUUAGGAGGCUGUUAUGAGGAGUCGGUGGUUCGAACCAUCUAUCCAGUAGCCCUCUGCAUUGCUGUAUCCAACUGCUGCUUUGAUCCCAUUGUUUAUUACUUCACCUCAGAGACCAUUCAGAAUAGCUUCAAGAGGAAGUCUCAGACCACUUGUAAAUAUGACAGCAAGUUCUCUGAGGCUCUGCACUCAGAAUCCACCACCAAUCUGCAGUGUAGUCUAAGUCAUCUAAAAGCUAAAGUCUUUCACGGUGAGUCUUCAGUGUGAAAAUGGGGUCGCUACGUCCAGGGUAAAAGAUAAAACUCAUCCAUCCAUUUAAAAAAAGACAGAUCUGAUUUUUUGUUGUUUUUUUGUUUCGUUGAGCGCUUUAUCUGUUUUAGUCUCAGGGCAAAUGUCCGGAUCUGGUCUUCACAGCCUCUGUUUUGCAGUAUUAACAUAUGAACUUUUUCACAACUGUGGUUUUAAUGUUACUACUUUCUAAUUUUCAUUUCCUGUGGAGUGAAAUGUAAUUAUGUAAAGCACAAUUAAAGUCGUCUAUGACGUUUAAGGGAAAGUGAUCACUGAACAGCAGGACAGUUAUGAAACUGACUGCUUCAUAUGCUUGUGCGUUUGUACAUUUCCGUGGUAAGUUGUGGUGCUAACUUUAGACUGUUAUCUAUUUAAUUAACAUAAAGGUAUAUCAAGCUAUAAAUGUGCAGGGCUUGUUUUUUUUUUUUUUAAUGUACAGAUAGAUCACAUAAGCGCCCUGUUGUGUUUGGCUGGUAUUUCAUGUUUGGACUCGAUGUCUUUAAUGACCUUAAAUGCACUGACUGAGUUCCUCAUGCUGCACUCAUGCCACAGCAAUGAAUAAAAGUUAUGUAAUACCUAAAACAAA